AUGGCCUCCACCACCAUGGGACUAGAGCUAGUUGGCCCCCCUGAGGGCCAGCGAGAGCGAGGCGAGACCGAUCUCUCCGCAGGUUCCCUCAGCCUCUCCGAUGAUCAUCACGAGAUCAAAGACUACACAGAGUACGACCCUCUGCUACGCAGCAGUCGCUCCCACAGGCCUUUGCUAGACAGUGAUGAUGACCACCAUGACCGGGGUCUGCAGCCGCGGUCCAUGCCCACAGAGUCCGCGCGCGCCAUGCUGCUGCAGAUCCUGGUGCCCUUCCUGCUCGCGGGCAUCGGGACGGUGUCGGCCGGGAUGCUGCUGGACAAAGUUCAGAGCUGGGAAGUGUUUGUAAACAUCUCGGAACUCUUCAUCCUGGUGCCGUCUCUUCUGGGCCUCAAAGGAAACCUGGAGAUGACUCUGGCCUCGCGACUCUCCACAGCUGUCAACGUUGGGAAGAUUACAGAUCCGAGAGAGAAGCGUGACCUAAUAAUUGGCAACCUGGCACUCAAGCAAGUGCAGGCCACUGUGCUGGGCCUACUGGCCGCGCUGGCGGCCUGCGUGCUGGGCUGGGCCCUGACGGAGGAACUUCUCAUGAGGAGUGCGGCCGUGCUCUGCUCCUCCAGCAUCAUCACCGCCUUCACCGCCUCCCUCCUACAGGGCAUUCUUAUGGUUGGAGUCAUUGUUGGAUCCAAGAAGAUUGGCAUUAACCCUGAUAAUGUCGCCACGCCAAUCGCUGCCAGCUUUGGCGAUCUCAUCACUCUAGUGGUCUUAGCGUAUGUUGGCCAAGGCCUUUAUGACUGCACUGAUGCACAUCCCUAUGUUCCCUAUCUCCUCGGUGUGCUCCUGCUAUGCCUGACCCCAGUGUGGGUCGUAAUGUCCUUUCGACACCCGGAGAGUCGAAAACUGCUUUACAGUGGCUGGGAACCCAUAAUUACAGCCAUGGUCAUUAGCAGCAUGGGUGGCCUAAUUCUGGAUAGAGCCGUGUCAGAGCCCAGUCUGGAGGGAGCAGUGAUAUACAGCCCUGUCAUCAACGGUAUUGGGGGCAAUCUGGCUGCGAUCCAGUCUAGCCGCAUUGCCACAUAUCUACAUUUCCACUCCAUCCUGGGCGUCCUACCGGCUGACUCCAGGGGGCGCCGCUGUCCCUGCUAUAUCUUCUGUGGAAGAGGACCCAACCAGCGAUCUGCUCAGGUGCUUCUGCUGCUGGUGGUCCCUGGUCACCUCAUCUUCCUCUUCAUCAUCCACCUGCUGCAGGGCAGCGAGAACUCUCUCUCGCCCCUCUUUGUCACACUGUUUUUGACAGCUGCCGUCUUGCAGGUCUUCCUGCUCUUGUCUAUAGCUGACUGGAUGGUGCACUGCUUGUGGCGGAUUGGGAGAGACCCAGACACCUGCUCCAUCCCCUACCUCACUGCCCUGGGAGACCUCCUAGGCACCGCAUUCUUAGCUUUAAGCUUCCAUGUUAUGUAUGUCAUCGUCAACAAAAGAGAUGACAAUGGAGGAGGAGAGGACAAUGGAGGAGGAGACUGA